AGGCACCUCUUCCUGUGGCCUUGCGUCCUGGCCUGCUGCCCGCGGAUCUGCACGGGCAAGUUUCAGACGGGGACGCUGCGGAUCAGCGGCCCGAAGACGGAAAACCACUGGAAGUACUUGAGCAAGUUCGGCUACGGGAUCGGCACGGGCGAGUUCCAGGUCCGACUCCAGCUCGUGCAGCCCAAGACGCUCGUGGAUGACAAGACCGCCAGGAUCCAGUUCAAUGUCUACCUCGACGAGGACUGGCCGGGCGUCGAGUCCAUGGACGAGGUCUGUAGCCGCACCACCAAGGCGAAGCAGGUCAGGGAGAUUGAGCUCGUCUCGCAGGGCAAGUGGGGCGCGUGGGUCAACGGCUCGCUGAGCCAGAAGAUUCGGCCACACAUCUGGUUUUUCGCCGUAAGCGACUGCAAGAAGGUGCUGCAGAACUUCACCCACCGGGUGCGCUACGAGGCGCGCUUCCUGCAGG